AUGAUGUAUCAAAUGGACGAGCAUGAGAGGGCAGAGGACCACCACGAGGAGUUACUUAAGAAAUGUACCAAGAUCAAAGACAAAGACUUCCCAACUUAUCUUCUUCCAUUCGAGCCGAUCGCAAAUAAGACUGGUCGAUACCAACUGGGUGAAGGCAAAACUGGCAAAGAUUGUCUCACGGUUCUGCUACUCGGCUUAAAAGGAUCAGGGAAGUCGAUGCUGCUGGAAGUGCUGGGGAAUUACGGACUUGGAGUGGGACUCCACGAUCCCCAUAGGUUCCAGAUGAAGAAGGAGGGACCCACAGACGAGAUCUCCUCCUACACUUUUUUCACCAGGGACCGUCAAAGAUUCCCUCGUCCCGUCACCCUCAUCGAUACCCCAGGCUUCCAUAAGGGGCAGCCUGAAGAGGAUCAGAAGUUGAUGGACGCCAUCUGUGAUUUCGUCUGUCUCCAUCACAAGCAUGGCGUGAACGCCGUUAUUUUCGUAGUCCCAAGCUCUCAGGGGAGAUUAACAGCAGAACAGACGAUGGUGUUGCGAAACUUCUCCAAAGUCUUGGGAAACGAAGAGUCUCGUGAGAUCUCCUAUCUGUUCUGUACAUUCGCGGACAGCAAACGCCCCCCCGUCCUACGAUCCGUAAUGGAAGCCGGCUUGCAAUUCAAGAAGCAUUUUCCCGUCAACUGCUCUGCCUACUUCGUCAAGGAGGAAGUGGACGAAGAAGAUGACUCUUCCAUAGAAGACACCGAGGAAAAGGGGAUGGAAACGAAAACGAUUUCCAUCAAUGAACUGCUCUGGAAGAUGACCACGGAAAGGAUUCAUAAGUUCUUCGAGAACAUUAAGGAGAACCGUCUCGUUCAGGCCCGGAAACGGCAAGGCCAAGCAGGAGGAAAAGAGUACGGAAGGAAGGGAGUGGGCGUGGAGACAGGAACAUCUGCCAGAAAGACAGCUCAAGCGGACGGAGAACCCAUUUCCUUGCGAAGCUCGAAGAGUGUGGAAUCCCGCCAUCCCACAGAUGAGAUUUCUUCACAAUCAACUGGAGAAAAUUCAUUUUCCACCUACAACCGCGGCAUCAACGAACGGGGCUCCGCGGAACACGGAGGUGCAUCGCCUUCCCAACCUAUUCUCAAGGAAGCGAAAGAAAAAAAGAAUAAAAGGAAACUAUGGAUGGCUGAGGCUCCUCGCAGGCUAUUCGCCCGAUUCCCGCACAAAAAUGGAAAAUCCGGGGGCGAUACUGCCAGAUCCACAGUAGGUCUCCAGGAUCGAGAAGUUCCUGUCAAUCCUGUAGAUAAGAAUGAUGAAUUUGAGGUGCGAGAAGGUCGGCCUCCCAGUGUCAUACACCAAGGAGAAACGCAUGGGAUCCAAUAUAUGGAUCCCAAUGAGCGGAAUCCGCAGCAAACCAAAUCACCUGGCAUCGAAGGGGCUUUAACACGGCCCAUCGAAGCGAAGCACAUCAACACUGCUGACAAUUUCCAAGAAGAAGAGGAAUUCAAGUUGUACGCUUUGCGCCUGGCACGGAUUCUGAAAAGUCUUCAUCCCGAAAGCAAGAAAAUCGCAAGACAGGAAAUAGAGAACUUGUUAUACCGAAUUGAAUUCGGCAGUCGCUCUCCCUCUAACCCUUAA